AUGGCCAUACAGUUUAUGUUCUUGUUGUCCAGACAGGGCAAGAUCAGAUUGACCAAAUGGUAUCAAACCAUCUCUCAAAAGGAAAAGGCUAAGAUUAUGAGAGAAUUGACCACAUUGAUAUUGGCGCGCCGAGCUAAAAUGUGUAACGUGUUGGAAUAUAAGGAUAUUAAGAUUGUGUACCGUAGGUAUGCAUCUCUUUUCUUUAUCAUGGGGAUUGAACAAGGCGAUAAUGAGCUUGUUUCGUUGGAAAUCAUCCACCGGUUUGUAGAACAAAUGGACAAGAUUUACGGAAAUGUUUGUGAAUUGGAUAUCAUAUUUGGCUUUGAUAAGGCAUAUCAUAUAUUGGAUGAACUUCUUAUUGAUGGACAUAUACAAGAGUCGUCCAAGAAGGAGGUUUUGAAACGGGUGGCACAGCAGGAUGAAUUGGAAAGUAUGGAUGAGUUUGAUAAGAUACUAACAUAA